AUGAAUCCAGAGCCGUUCACCAUCAACCUGCAGAAGAGAGUUCGCCUCCAGGUCUGUGGAGGGCGUCAGUCAGGAGUCAGGUCUGUGAGGGUCUUGGGCGAGUCAGUCUGCGGAGGGGUCAGGUCUGUGGAGGGCGAGUCAGGUCGGGAGGGCGAGUCAGGUCUGUGGAGGCGAGUCAGGUCUGCGAGGCGGUCAGGUCUGCGGAGGGCGAGUCAGGUCGCGGGGGCGAGUCAGGUCUGUGGAGGGCGAGUCAGGUCUAUGGAGGACGAGUCAGGUCUGCGGAGGGCGAGUCAGGUGCGAGGCGAGUCAGGUGCGAGGGCGAGUCAGGUCUGUGGAGGGCGAGUCAGGUCUGUGGGGGCGAGGGCGGAGGGCGAGUCAGGUCUAUGGAGGGCGAGUCAGGUCUGCAGAGCGCGAGUCAGGUCCAUGGAGGACGAGUCAGGUCUGUGGAGGGUGAGUCAGGUCUAUGGAGGACGAGUCAGGUCUGUGGAGGGCGAGUCAGGUCUAUGGAGGACGAGUCAGAUCUGUGGAGGGCGAGUCAGGUCUGUGGAGGACGACUCAGAUCUGUGGAGGGCGAGUCAGGUCUGUGGAGGGCGAGUCAGGUCUAUGGAGGACGAGUCAGAUCUGUGGAGGGCGAGUCAGGUCUGUGGAGGACGACUCAGAUCUGUGGAGGGCGAGUCAGGUCUGCGGAGGGCGAGUCAGGUCUGCGGAGGGCGAGUCAGGUCUGCGGAGGGCGAGUCAGGUCUGUGGAGGGCGAGUCAGGUCUAUGGAGGACGAGUCAGGUCUGCGGAGGGCGAGUCAGGUCUGCGCGGAGGGCGAGUCAGGUCUGCGGAGGGCGAGUCAGGUCUGUGGAGGGCGAGUCAGGUCUGUGGAGGGCGAGUCAGGUCUGCGGAGGGCGAGUCAGGUCUAUGGAGGGCGAGUCAGGUCUGCAGAGCGCGAGUCAGGUCCAUGGAGGACGAGUCAGGUCUGUGGAGGGUGAGUCAGGUCUAUGGAGGACGAGUCAGGUCUGUGGAGGGCGAGUCAGGUCUAUGGAGGACGAGUCAGAUCUGUGGAGGGCGAGUCAGGUCUGUGGAGGACGACUCAGAUCUGUGGAGGGCGAGUCAGGUCUGCAGAGCGCGAGUCAGGUCUAUGGAGGACGAGUCAGAUCUGUGGAGGGCGAGUCAGGUCUGUGGAGGACGAGUCAGAUCUGUGGAGGGCGAGUUAGGUCUGUGGAGGACGAGUCAGAUCUGUGGAGGGCGAGUCAGGUCUGUGGAGGACGACUCAGAUCUGUGGAGGGCGAGUCAGGUCUGCAGAGGGCGAGUCAAGUCCAUGGAGGACGAGUCAGGUCUGUGGAGGGUGAGUCAGGUCUAUGGAGGACGAGUCAGGUCUGCGGAGGGCGAGUCAGGUCUCUGCGGAGGGCGAGUCAGGUCUGUGGAGGGCGAGUCAGGUCUGUGGAGGGUGAGUCAAGUCUGUGGAGGGCAAGUCAGGUCUCUGCGGAGGGCGAGUAAGGUGUGCGGAGGGAGAGUCAGGUCUGCGGAGGGCGAGUCAGGUCUGAGAGCGAGUCAGGUCUGCGGAGGGCGAGUCAGGUCUGUGGAGGGCGAGUCAGGUCUGCGGAGGGCGAGUCAGGUCUGCGGAGGGCGAGUCAGGUCUGCGGAGGGCGAGUCAGGUCUGUGGAGGGCGAGUCAGGUCUGCGGAGGGAGAGUCAGGUCUGCGGAGGGCGAGUCAGGUCUGUGGAGGGAGAGUCAGGUCUGCGGAGGGAGAGUCAGGUCUGCGGAGGGCGAGUCAGGUCUGCGGAGGGCGAGUCAGGUCUGCGGAGGGCGAGUCAGAUCUGUGGAGGAUGAGUCAGGUCUGCGGAGGGAGAGUCAGAGGGCGAGUCAGGUCUGUGGAGGGCGAGUCAGGUCUGUGGAGGGCGAGUCAGGUCUGUGGAGGGCGAGUCAGGUCUGCGGAGAGCGAGUCAGGUCUGCGGAGGACGAGUCAGGUCUGUGGAGGGCGAGUAAGGUCUGCGGAGGGCGAGUCAGGUCUGUGGAGGAUGAGAGUCAGAUCUGCGGAGGGUGA